AUGGUAAGAGCCAGGGUGCUGAUAACCUGCGUCUCCAGCCUUCUCUUCCGCGUUGCCUUCUCUAAGCCGCUAUCUCCGCCUGCGAUUAAUAUAUCCCGAAGUGGAAAUGGUGGGAAUGAUGGUGGAGAUAAUGCGGGUGAUGGCAGCGGCAACGGUGGCGGCGAUGCUAUAAGAGAAUGGUCGUCUACGAUAGGCAUUGUUACGGCCAUCAUUGGCAACAUUUUGAUCUCCUUCGCAUUGAAUAUCCAACGCUACGCACAUAUAAGGAUUGAGAGGGAAUAUGACCACAGCCGCCAACGGAAUGGAUGGAAAAGAACCGUUUCUAGAACUGGGCAAACAGAAACGUUAUCUUCGAGUGAUUAUGACAUGCUCACGAACGGAGCGGAGGGCGGGGUUACGGAUGUCCAAGGACACAUGGACGCUUCUCCGGCAGACACAAAUGGCAGAAGGCACAGGAACUCUGAGGAAAUAUCAAGAUUAGGAUUCCGUCAAUACACGGACGAGGAAGAUGGAGGGGAGAUGAGCAAUUCGUUCGAUGAUGGCAACCAACGUCCUGACACGCUACAGCAGUCAUUUAUUUCAGACCGGACUUUAACUCCCAUGGAGAAGAGCCAAAUUUCCAAUGAACGAAAAUCAUACCUUAAAUCACCUUAUUGGUGGGCGGGAAUAGUCUUGAUGGCUAUUGGUGAGGCUGGCAAUUUCCUAGCUUAUGGAUUUGCGCCCGCGUCCAUUGUCUCACCCCUAGGAGUUGUCGCUUUGAUAUCAAACUGUAUCAUUGCACCAUUCAUGCUCAAGGAGACUUUCCGUCGACGAGAUCUGCUAGGUGUUCUAGUUGCUGUUGCCGGCGCAGUAACUAUUGUAUUCAGCGCAAAAACCUCAGAAUCCAAAAUAGGUCCCGACGAGAUCUGGGACAUGAUAACGACUUGGGAGUUUGAAUUAUAUCUUGGAGUUACUGUUGCGCUAAUUCUUGCAUUGAUGUGUGCCAGUCAGAGAUAUGGAAGGAAGUCCAUCUUGAUCGACCUGGGGUUGGUUGGAUUGUUUGGAGGAUAUACUGCCCUUUCGACGAAAGGAGUCGCCUCUCUCCUUUCCUUUACCCUGUGGCACGUCAUAACUUUCCCCAUCACAUACGCCCUGGUGGCUGUCCUUGCCUUCAGUGCCCUGAUGCAGAUUCGAUACAUCAAUCGAGCUCUGCAAAGAUUCGAUUCUACUCAGGUUAUUCCUACCCAGUUUGUGUUAUUUACCAUUUCGGUGAUUGUCGGAAGCGCUGUCCUUUACCGAGAUUUCGAGUCCACGAGUCCCGAGCGGGCAGCAAAGUUUAUCGGUGGCUGCGCGCUCACCUUCCUAGGAGUCUAUUUUAUUACUAGUGGGAGGACUCGAAUCGAUGACUCUGAUUCUGAAUCAGAUGAAGAGGAGGCGAUUUACCUUGUUAAUGGGGAGCGUUACCGAGAUAGUGUUGAUUGGCAACGGGAAGGAAGUCAAAACCAUCCGGAAUGGACAUUGGAUGGAGCCAUCGGCGUUGCCGCUCAGGCUGCUGACUCUCGUCCCGGCUCACUUUUUAGUGAUGAGAAUGGUGAUGAAGAAGACGACGGCGACGGGGUACAAACCCCAAGGGCUCCACUGUCUAGUGGUCCCCCUAGUGGUCCCCCUUCUUCGGUGCCAUCUAUUUCUUCUGGUGAGUGCUCAUUAUCGCCGUCUGGAGAAAUCAGUCCCCAGCCGGUUACCGAAAAUCCAUGGGCAACAACCCCUGAAGGUCGCGGCGAAGUUGCUGGAGCCGUCAGACCUCAAGCACUUCCUCAAUUACACCCUACGACGCAAGUCCUUUUCCAAUUUCCUUCUGCGCCAGGGUUGGUUGAAUUCGACAUCGGUGCUACCCAACACCAAAACCGCUCACACACUCCGUUGCCAAGUACUUCGCCAAAUCCGAAAACAUCUACAACAGGUCGUCGAUUAACAUUCUCUCGAUCAUCGAACAUGGAAUUACGCAAUUCAUUCUCCCGACAUUUCGCACCCGGGCCACUUCUGACACCCCUCUCAGGAACCCUAAGCGCUGUAGUUGCAGAUUCACUUCUGAGAGGGGAAGGCUCCCCACGUAGCCAUCGGGAACGAACUUCGUCCAAGAAACGAAAGGGCAAAAAUCGAGCAUCAGUCCCCUUUGCAAUUGGUGAGAGUGCAACAAAUGGCCAUGUCCAGGACGAAAAUCCUCUAGAAAGCGAAUACGAAACCGACACCAGCAAUACUGGAGCUGAAGGCGACCGACUGCCUUGUAGAGAACAUCAUCAAAAGUUUCCCCUCCCGGGUUUAAACAUCACGGACAGGGCCAUUGCACAAGAAGCAGUUCCAACACUAGACCCAUCACCAUUACAAAAGAAGAAAGAUAGCCCACGGACCCGUAGUCUUAAUGAUUCAUUGAGUGGCGGUCUGGGGUGGCUAAAUGCCAGCAUCCGAGGGAGUCCGACGAAGAAGAAAAGAAAGGCUGGUCCUUCAACGACUGGUAGUCCUGGUGAUGAUGGAGGGGGAAACGCUAGGUCAUCAAGAAGCUGA